AUUCAGUACCUACCGACUACCAGCAGUGUAAAAGUAUACUCGGUACUCAUAGGACGCGUUUGAUUAAUUUAUUGAUAGUCUCGCCGUGUUUAAUCGUAUGCGAAUUCGCACAUUUUUAUUUGUGACAAAUAAAAUAAAUAUUUUAACAAGUGUUAGUGACUUUUUAUAUGGUUAGGUUAUUAGAUACAGGUACUCUCACUACUUUAACGUCGAAUUAAAAAUGGGGUAACUUGUAAAAAUCGAAUCUUAAAAUAAUUUGAAGCUGGACUGCAAUUUGACAUUAUUCAAACGUUAUUGACAAUUUUUUUGUGUAUUGUGAAAGUGUAAAAAAAAGUGGUAGCCAUGUCUUCUAUGAACUAUAUUGGUAAAUUCUUCGCGAAUUUCUACGAAUUUUACAACGAGAUAAAUAGUGCAACACUGACGGGAGCUAUUGAUGUCGUUGUGGUAGAGCAGCCCGAUGGGAGCUACACCUGCUCUCCGUUCCACGUCCGCUUCGGUAAACUCGGCGUGUUACGCUCCAGGUUUAAAGUGGUCGACUUGGAAUUAAACGGGGAACCACUGAACAUUCACAUGAAGCUAGGUGAGUCUGGCGAGGCGUUUUUUGUAGAAGAAGUAGGCGAGGACGAGGCUGAAUGUGCGGCCCAUCUCGCUACCUCACCUAUCCCCGCCUCGCGGUUUGACGAAUUAUAUGAACCACGGCGUCGUAACUCGCUGUCCGCUGUCGAGCCCGACCACGGGCAGGCAUCUGACUACACGAAAAGGAGAUACACCGCUGAUGGCAAGUCGAUGCAAAAACCCGACUUGAGUAAAAUAACAAAAAAUAACUUGAAAGACGACAAGAGCAGAAUAAUCGAUCAUGAAAACGAUGCUCUGUUCGAAAUGGACGGUUUAAACGAAGGAUCGUCGGACUGGACUGACUCGAAACCAAAGACAUUCGCAGCCACGCAGCUCGGCGCCGCGGGCAGCGAAGCCAAUCAGACUGUUCAGAAAAUAAGUGAACACAACGAUUUCCGACCCAUCGAUCUGGUGCCAAACCCAGAUGAAUUCAAAUCAAACGGCAACGGCAAGAAGAAAAAGAAGACGAGGAAAGCCAGCUCAAAGAAGAAGCACCAAAGAAAAUCUUCGACUAGUUCAGUUUCUAGUCAAUCUGAUCUCACCGGCUCCGAACAGCGCGGUUCGCAGCCGGCUGCCAUACCCAACGUCACCGAUAUUAACUUUUUUAGUGACUCUGAAAUCGCCUCGGGAACUCUUAGUGAAGAGUUAUCCAACAUGAAGCUGAGUGGUGACAAUCGCAUUCCACUGGCGCUGUCCGACACAGCGUUCGAGGUGCACGCUGCCUCCAGACACUCCAAGGAGUGUUCCGGAACGCCGGUCCAAUCAGACACGGAAAUGGAGCUGGCGCGGGCCGCCGGCACCGGGGACAAGUCCUCGCAGUCGUGGCGAUGGGGGGAACUCCCCGAACCGCCAGUUCGAGGCGCGCAGUCUACUGAAUCUCCCGAGACGCCAGAUUCCCCCGCCUCCCCCGCCGAGCCGGCCUCCCCCACGGAGCCGCUCAGCUCGGACGAGGAGCGCACCGAGCGCGGCGGAGUGCUGAGCGGCAUGUUCCGUUUCAUGUCGAACCGGGAAGCGACCGACAACGCGCCGGAGGGCGUCUAUCUCGACGACCUCGAUCGCGGCCAAGUCGAUCCCGACCUGUACUUCCCGAAACAUCACGCGGAACGAUAUCGCUCAGUCGGCGGGAGCGGCGUCACGGGCGGACCGACCGAGGAGGAGUACGAGUCGGGCAACGGCCCGUCGCUCCCGCAGUCGCCCAACUCGCCCGCCUCGCUCGACGCGCCCGCGCUGGACUCCGACGACGACGAGAAGCUCCUCGCCAAGGGGCAGGUGACGGUGAUGGCGCGCGAGGGCCCGGUGUCGCGCGCGCUGAGCUUCGAGGAGUUCUGCGAGCGCGGCGCGUCGCUGGCGGGCGCGGAGCGACUGGAGGUGCGGCUGGGCGCGCGCCGCCUGCCGUGGCGCAGCGCCGGCCCGCUGCUGCUGUCGCUGCUGGCCUACCGCCGCCCGCUGCCCACCAGAGUGAUGGAGGAGCUGGAGAAAGGCGAGAAGGAGGACACGCAGAUCAAUCGCGGAGUGGACGAGGCGAAACCGCGGUACUCGUGGUGGAGCUGGCGGAGAUCCAACCAGGAUAAAAGAUCUGAAUCAUCACAACCUAAAGAUGAAGAUAUAAAGGAUUCAACAGCAUUACAAAUUGAAGCUUCGACCAAAACGAUAAUAGCUAAAGCCGAAUCGACGGACGAGGAUCAGUUGGAUCAUUGGGUCGAAGAGAAAAUUGAAAAGCCAAAAGAGGUUCCUGUGAUGGAAGAAGUACCGAAGCCUGAAGUCACUAUUGAACCUCGAGAAUCUACUCCGAUUAUGCCUAAAACUCAAAUAUCAGGCAGCCAACACGACCACAGCUCGUCUGAGUCGGAUCAGGAGAGCCAUCAGAAUGGUUCACGCCGGACGUCCACCUUCCGCAAGACUCUACGUCUGUCGUCUGAACAAAUUAAGGAGCUGAACCUGCGGGAGGGCAUGAACGAGAUGGUGUUCAGCGUGACGACGGCGUACCAGGGCACCACGCGCUGCAAGUGCAACGUGUUCCGCUGGCGGUACGACGACAAGAUCGUCAUCUCCGACAUCGACGGCACCAUUACCAAAUCAGACGUGCUGGGUCAUAUAUUCCCACUGGUGGGCAAAGACUGGGCGCAAUCGGGCGUGGCGCAGCUCUUUACCAAGAUCAAGAACAACGGUUACCAGCUGCUCUACCUGUCCGCGCGAGCUAUCGGCCAAGCCAGGGUAACCAGAGAAUAUCUAAGGUCUAUCAGGCAAGGUGAGCUUUGUCUACCGGACGGACCACUGUUGUUGAACCCCACGUCGCUACUACGCGCAUUCCACAGAGAGGUCAUUGAGAAAAAGCCGGAAGAGUUUAAGAUACAAUGUUUAGCUGACAUUAAAGCGUUGUUCCCGUCUGGCUCAAAUCCCUUCUAUGCCGGUUAUGGCAACAGGGUCAACGAUGUUUGCGCAUAUCAAGCUGUCGGCAUCCCAAUAGUGAGAAUAUUCACUAUCAACUACAAGGGUGAACUCAAGCACGAACUGACUCAGACAUUCCAAUCGACGUACUCCCACAUGUCGGUGCUGGUGGACCAGGUGUUCCCGCCGGCCCUGUGCGAGCCCAGCGACGAGUUCUCGCAGAGCGUGUACUGGCGCGAGCCGCUGCCGACGCUGGCGCUGCCGCCCGCCGCGCCGCCGCCCGCCAAGCACUAGCCGCCCGCCAGCCGCCCGCCAGCUGCCCGCCAGCUGCCAGCCAGCUUCGGUCGGGGACUGUUCUACAUAACUGUGCAUUGUAGAUUGUCAGAUAUGCUAUUUCCUAAUUGAAGGAGAUGGAUUUAAAACUUUUGAAUACGAUUGCAUUUUAUUGAUUCUGGUGAUCGAUGAGCGCCAAUUCAAGACGAGGACUAGCUUACGAUAGGUGUAUGGGUGUUUGUUGGCUUCAUUCUGUAGCAUUGUCGGUGUGCACGUUAAAAGGUAGAUUAGGUAAUUCCGUAGUGGACAAGAUAUGCUUUAAAGGAAUGUGUAAUGCACGGCUCAUUAGAGAUAAGUUUGGUAGUUAUUCCAUAUUUAUAUUAAGGUCACUGAAAACAGCAUCCUUACCGCAAAUAAUUUGCAAUAUUAUGUUGAAUAAUUAGUUACCGUUGUAUUUAAAUAUGUAUGGUAUACAUAAGUUGGGCAUGACAAUUUAUUAUUACAUUUUAUUCAAUUAUUAUACCUAUGGGACACACAUUAAACUUGCUGUGAUAUACAGUGAUCUCAAGCUCACACCUAUAUCACUAAAGAGGUUUCGUCACUUUGCGCUAUGAUAAUAUUAAUAUUUUUUUUUACUACACUAGUGAAAUUGUAAUCUUACCCUGAGUUCCUUACCAGUUAACUACGUUACUUUUACUGAAUUACUCUCGAACAUGGAAAUAGCUAUAAUUACUUUGUUAUCAGCAUAUUUAUUACAAAAUUUUAAAUGGUUAAUAUUGAUCAUAUGAAUUGCAUUCUUAUUUUAUUAAAGGCAAGACGUUAAAAGAUUAUUUUGCUAAAUAUAGUUAUAGUCUGUGAUGCUGAUUGAAGGAGCAAUGCUUUACUUUUGUACUGUGAUUAUAUGUUUGUAUGUAAGUUACUUUGUGUUAUGAUAAACACAAACAUAAUUAUAACUUUCCCAUUAAGGCAAAGCCUUUUAUUAAAAUAUGAGUAGUUUAUUUUUGUAUAAAUAUUAUUAGAAUGCUUAUUAUAUUUGCUUUGUAAUGUAUUAUUUAAAUUAGUUAUUAAUUAUUGAUCACACAACAGGAUCGCAGGUGUAAUCUGAAUAAUUUAGAAUGUAAUUUUAUGAAAAUAAUUUAUUAC